AUGAGGGGCGGCUCCUCCAGUGCCGCAAAGUUUGGCUGUGGCGGCAAAUGGGCUUGGGCGGCUCCUGAGUUGGCGGCGGCGGCGACUGAGGCCGUUUUUCGGAGCCCGGUGGAUGCCGCGGCGCGAGCCGGGGACCAUGGCUCCCUAGAACCCUCGGGUAGGGGCAGGGUGGGGACGGGACCGGCCAUGUCGGAGGUGACCCGGAGCCUCUUGCAGCGCUGGGGCGCCAGCUUCAGGAGGGGCGCCGACUUCGAUUCGUGGGGGCAGCUGGUGGAGGCGAUAGACGAGUACCAGAUAUUAGCAAGACAUCUUCAGAAAGAAGCUCAGGCUCAACACAAUUCAGAAUUCACAGAAGAGCAAAAGAAGACCAUUGGUAAAAUUGCAACCUGCUUGGAAUUACGAAGUGCAGCAUUACAGUCCACACAGUCUCAAGAUGAAUUUAAACUGGAGGACCUGAAAAAGCUAGAACCAAUUCUAAAGAAUAUUCUUACUUAUAAUAAGGAAUUCCCCUUUGAUGUUCAGCCUGUCCCAUUAAGAAGAAUUUUAGCACCUGGUGAAGAAGAGAAUUUGGAAUUUGAGGAUGAUGAUGAAGAGGGUGGUGCUGGAGCAGGGUCUCCAGACUCCUUCCCUGCUAGAGUUCCAGGUACUUUAUUACCAAGGUUGCCAUCUGAACCAGGAAUGACGUUACUCACUAUCAAAAUUGAGAAAAUUGGUCUGAAAGAUGCUGGGCAGUGCAUUGAUCCCUAUAUUACAGUUAGUGUAAAGGAUCUGAAUGGCAUAGAUUUAACCCCUGUGCAAGAUACUCCUGUGGCUUCAAGGAAGGAGGAUACAUAUGUUCACUUUAAUGUGGACAUCGAACUUCAGAAACACAUCGAAAAAUUAACCAAAGGUGCAGCUAUUUUCUUUGAAUUCAAACACUAUAAGCCUAAGAAAAGGUUUACCAGCACCAAGUGUUUUGCUUUCAUGGAGAUGGAUGAAAUUAAACCUGGGCCAAUUAUAAUAGAGCUAUACAAGAAACCCACUGACUUUAAAAGAAAGAAACUACAGUUGUUGACCAAGAAACCACUUUAUCUUCACCUCCAUCAAACUUUGCACAAGGAAUGACCAUGGCAUGUAUAUCCUGAAACUUCUGUGAUCUGAACCCCUCACUACAAAAAUCAUGGUAGCUCUGUGUAGCACAUUGAUCCUUCAGUAGGCUCCUAGGAAACCAGCCCUCCUCAUGCUAAUAAAUGAAAAGAGUGAUCCGUUCUACGGCUACACCACAGAGAGGUCCAGCCCAUCAGUGGAAACCAGGAGGACUGCAUUCAUUCAUAAAGAGCUCCUUUGGCAUACAUGUCUUUCCACAGAUUUUUGAAACAGUCUGACUUGUGACUAGCGUACAUGGUAAAAGUUUUAAAUUUACUUACUUUAGAGAUUAACACCAGAGCAGGCAGGAACAUUUGUCUUCUGUGCAGGUUUUACUCCCCUAAUUUACCUCUGCUUCAGUUCAUUCCUUUGAAUCCAUGUGUUUAUUUCCAGGUUUUUGCUGCUUAGGGUAGGAGUUGUCCAAUGCAAGAAAAAUUUGCCAGGUACCAGAACUGGUGAACUUGUAAAGGGUUUAUAUCAGGGGUGGCUCACCACUCACCCAUACUAGGUGAUUGGUUAUGGGGAAGCUGCAGAAUAAUUUAUAACUUUACCAUGAACAUAGUUGAAUCUCAUGGGGGGAGGGAGCUUGUUUUCCAAAUUUUUACAACCCAUUCACCAAAUGACUUGAGGAAAAACUUAUUUAAAGAGCUGGAUUCUUUUUAGAUAUUUAAGGGAAUAGUCAUCUAGGUUUCUUUUUUUCCUAUUCAAAGCUCUUCCUCAGCCAAGUAAUUCUAGGGUGGCAAAUAUGAGUAACCUAGAAAGUGUCUUAAAUUUUUAUUUUGUGUCAGUGUUCAGCUACUGUGAUGUGGUUGAAAUAACCUUUUGUAUGGUUCUAAGCCAUCUAGUAAAAAAAAUGUUUGAAUUCAAUCAGUUUCCUAAAGAGACCUGCUGGAGUUACUGCUGUUUUUUCUGAAAAGUGAUUCUGAAUCCUCGAAAAACCUGCAUACCUCUUAUAGCAAUUUGUAUGCCAGUCUAGAAAGUUACUCUAAAUUUUGUUUGAGAUAGAUAGCUAGGGUUACCAUUUGUUUUCUAUUCAGAUUGUCUUAAGUCAUCUAUAUGAAAAGAUGCAGGUCAUUAGCAUAUAAUUUGAUUAGCUACAUUUUUUUUUUACUUAAUAAAGGGUCAUAAAUAAAACCCAAACAGACCUUUCAUAUACUUAAUAGGUGGGAUAUUUAAUACAUUCCUUUAAGGUCUGUUGUGUGCUUUAUGUGGAUUAUAUGUAGUAUGCACAUACUUUCAUAUGCACUUAUAUAAUAGUAAAAAAAAAAUCCAGCACCGAGUGAAUGCAUUGUCAAUACUAGCUUUAUGUUUUAUUGUAUAAUCAGUUUUACAACUCAGCUCAUUUGCUUUCUGUACCACAUAAUUCUUACCAGUUGCAUAACAAUUUUAUUAGGUAAACUCCAACAAAAUAAUUCAAUUUAUCCCUUCCUGCUUUAAGGGAUAUAAUAUUCUUUGCUUUCAGCUCUCUUUUUAGGUCAAUUUUGUUUAUGCUGGAUAGACAAUUAAAUAAACUAUGUAAACCAUCAAUAGUUGAUGAUAAAAUCUCUCUCCCUUUCCUCAUUCUUGAUUGGAUUCAUUCCAUUGGGGGGGAAAUUAUUUUCAUAUUCCUAUUAUCUGGGUUUAAAAGAGCUCUUGCAAUUUGAAUGAACAAAUUCCUUGAGUUUAAAUUCAAGACCAGAUACCACAUUAUCUUCAAAUAAUGUAAAAUUCCCAUAGUGCUAUGAAGCCUCUGAAUAUUCAGUAAAUCUUGAGAAAACCUAAAAAUAAUCACUAAAAUAACCUCAAUUUGUGAAAAUGUAAUAAAAAUGGCAUUUUCUUUUCCUUCAAAUAAAGUAAAGGAAAUGUGCAUGAAAUGAAGUGAUAAUUUAUAUGAAAAAGUAACAUUUCUGCUUCACAAGUGUGAUUUAGAAGCACACCAGUGCCUUAGGAAGACCAUUUGAAGAAGUUUAAGCUAAGUUUGACUGUGCUUCAGUUUUCUGGUGUAAGCACUUGUUAUUGCAGAAACACCAACUAAAUUCUAUAAACUCACUUAAACUCUAUAGCAUUUUGUAUGUCCUAAGUCCAAGCAAUUUAUAGUCUUCCUUUAUGUGAUAGAUUUUUUCACUGAUCUGAAGGGGUGAGCAAUAACUACACUGUACAUUUGUCUUUCCAAGAUAGAGCGCUGCUGAUUCACAAAUAAGAUGGCUUUGUGCAGUUGAAUGAAUUUUACAUGGUAGCACUAGCAAGUGAGCAAAUAAACAUGGUUGGAUGGGAUGACUACUAUAGUACAAUACAGUUAAUUUUUUUUGGAGUUCGUUCUAAUGAUUUAAAAUAAAACUGAUUCGUGCCAUUUCUACAGUGACACUCCAACCGUGGGCUUUUUUUGGGGGGUGGGGGUGGAAUGGUGCAACUAGUUGUAUGUGAUUUGAAAGUUUUAUGUUGUUUGUGGAUUGAUUCAUGUUAAGCCAGGCUUGAGUUUUUCUAAAUUUCAUUGAUAUGAACAUGAGUUUUCCUCAAGAGUAUACCAUAGAAAUUACUUAGGGGUAAAAGAGUUAUGGAAAGGGAAAGAGUUCUCAUUCCGAGUAAAUGAUUAGGUUGGAUUUAGCUUUGCUACUGUGAUUAUCUACCUAACUGGAAUCUGUAUCCAACUGGUGUUUACAAUUUUUGACUCAGCAUUGUGUUACAUGUCCAGGUGUCAUAGGUAUUCAAAUAGUUAUUCAAAGUUUGUGUUUGUGGAUCAAGUAAUAAAACUUUUUGUUAUUUUACUAAUGUUAAACAUAUGUCCUUUACUGUGAAGUAUGGAAUGUCUUUUUUUUUUUAAUUGUUCCACUUGAUCUUUUAAAGGGCUGGAGUAGCAGUGUGUGGGAGGAUAUGAAAAAAUUAACAUUAUGCCUUUAUAAGUGAUUAAACUUUGAAGUAUUUGUCCCAUUUCAUUUCUCUCAAAAUGUAUUGUGAUAAUGUAAUGCCAUUAGUCUAACAGAUUCUUAAUUUUCAGUGUUAAAAGCACAACCACUUCUUUACUAAAGCUUUUGCACCUUUUAUAUAUACCAUUCUUACCAGAGGCAAAAAAUGGAGGCAAUGAAAAAUCAUGCUGAUGUAAUUUAAGAUGUGGAACUUCUUAAAGAAAGGGGGCAGGUCUCAAAAGUAAUCACACUUUCCACUUUUAAGUUUCAGACUUGUAAUAGCUCAGUUAUAAACUUGAAAUCUUAACCUAUACAACACGUGCUGUAAGUAGUAUGAUUUGAAGUGCCUGCAAAUUGUCUCUUUUACUGAAGCAUUGUUUUAAAGUUAUGUGAUAAUGUGGUGAUAUGUAUGUAACAGAGAUGCUCAUUACUGUUUACAAGGUUCAUCAAUAUUGUAAAUUGAAUCAUCAGCAAACAUGAUUUUCCCUGGGAUCUAUAUACUAUCACAUGGAGUCAAAACUCAGCUAUACUUAAAAUUUACAGUCAGGCCCCUUUUUUGAUGAGUUAACACCUACAUUAUCAGAAGGUCUGACAAUGACAACUGUCUAGAAUAUAACUUUAUCUUAGUAAAUAAGGAAAAAAACCAAUGUAUAAAGCCCCUAAAACAGUCAUCAUGGUCUAUGCACUGAAUCUAAUGCACUUUACACACAGGACCACCCCCCCACCCCCAUCCUUAACUCUUAUUUAUUUAGCUGUCUUAUUAAAGUUGUGUAUAAUGAUUUCUAAGGUGAUAGCAAAGAGUGGGCUGCUAGAAGCAGGUAUAGUGAUAGCAAAAAGUGAAUGUUAACAACCUUACAGUGGGGAGAAACAAAAUAAAGAACAACAUUCAGAACUAGUAUAGGAACAAAUAGCCUUACCCUCUAUAUUAGUAGCCCAUAAAAUAAAUUAGUCAAUGAUAGCACAAAAGGCAGUGAUGGGUAUUUCUGACGACACCAAUUUGUCAAGAAAAGGUUAAAUGUACAAUAUUCCUUUUACCAAAGUAGGGAGUAUGUGAUACAUUUUAUAAAGUUAAAAUAAAAGUUUUGAUACUUAAAUGGGUAGGCUUCAGUUACUGGGGAAAUUCAUUCACUCAUUUGGAACAACCCAACUCCCUCAACAGUGCUGAAUGAAUGAACAUUUUCCUUCCUACUCUUUUAUUCUAUUUAUCAUCCUUCAUGUAACAGACUGACUUCUUUGGGUGAUUACCCCAGAAAUUAUUGUAGCAUGGAGGACUGUUCCUUACCUAGUAGGUGUUAAAUCCCUUUUGGCUCUAAAUGCUAUGAAAUGUUAAUACUACAAAUUCUUGUCUCUUGCUUGGAUAGUGUCAUUUUUCAGAUCUAUAUUUCAGCCAUGUUCCAAUGAACAAAACACACAGUAAAAUAAAUCUGUUAACAUUUA